UGAACUGACAACACCGCGUCUAGUACCGUACGGAACCUACACGACGCACGGCCGCUUUUUAACGUUCGAAUAGGCCAACAAAACUCGUUGAAAAUGCAUCCAUCAAAAUGGUAGAGUCGCUGCAAAUGUUUUUAUUCCUGUUCAAAUCAAAAUACAGACGAAAAUUCUCCUGGUUCUCGCCUUUUCUGUGCUCAGUGCUCAUAGUGUUAUUGUUUUGUCAUGACGUUCUAUCUAAGUGUAGUGAGAUUAGCUGUGUGAACGGUAUUUGUAAAGACGAUAGCUGCGAAUGCUACGAGGGCUGGCAGGGCCCUCAGUGCCAGCACUGUGGCGGGAAAAUAAAGUUGACGUCACCCACGGGCAUUAUAACGGACGGGCCGGGGAACUACAGCGUGAGCACGCAAUGCUCGUGGCUGAUCGCGCCGCCGUGGCUCGGGCCGCACGCGCCGGCGCUGCGUGUGCGCCUCGAGAGCUUCGCCACCGAGUGCGGCUGGGACCACCUGUACGUGUACGACGGUGACAGCGUGCGCGCCGAGCGCCUGCUGGCGGUGUUCAGGUGCGUACACGUGAUCACCGACGGGCCGGGCGACUACAGCGUGAGCACGCAAUGCUCGUGGCUGAUCGCGCCGCCGUGGCUCGGGCCGCACGCGCCGGCGCUGCGUGUGCGCCUCGAGAGCUUCGCCACCGAGUGCGGCUGGGACCACCUGUACGUGUACGACGGUGACAGCGUGCGCGCCGAGCGCCUGCUGGCGGUGUUCAGCGGCGUGUUGGACACGGCGGAGGCGGGCUGGACGCGGCAGGUGGUGGCGCGUUCAGGAAGCGCGUUGUUGCAUUUCUUCUCCGAUGACGCGUACGCCAUGGAGGGGUUCAACCUCACGUACGCGGCAUACUCUUGCCCUUCUGACGACCACCGCACCAACUGCUCCGAUCACGGCGAAUGUGAAGAAGGCACUUGUAGGUGUGAGCAUGGCUGGGUCGGCGUGGCCUGCGACCAGCCUUUAUGUCCAGGCAACUGCAACGGCGCGGGUGUAUGCCUGGACUCUGGCUGCGAGUGCUCCGCUUCACGGAGUGGUCCCGACUGUACGCGGGACGCGAGCGCCGCGGGGUGGGGGUGGGCGUGGCGCGAGGAGGGGGAAGGGCCCCCCACCCGCCCCGCGCGCCCCCCGCCCGCCGCCGCCGCCCACAGCCUGCUCAACUACGGCGAGGACCUGCUGCGCGUGGGCGGGGAGACGUUCUCCGACAGCGCCGUACUGUACAGGUACAAGACAGCACAACACGAGUGGUUCCCGUUGGAGGCGCGCGGGGCGGCGCCAGCGGCUCGCUUCGCGCACGCAGCCGUUUUGUACGGCAACGAGCUCAUCAUGUACGGCGGCGUGGUGGCGUCCGACGAGCCUGACAGGGGAGGCGGUCUGGCGGGGCUGGAGGGGCGCGCGGGGGAGGUGACGAACGAGGUGUGGCGGGCGCGCAUCGACGGCUCGGUGGCGGAGUGGCGGAACGUGACGCCGACCACGUGCUCGUCGCACCGGCCCGCGCCCAUGAAACACUGCGGUGGACUGCACUUAUCUGGUCACACGGCUGUCUUAGUCCACAUAGGCGCCACCAGCAAGCCUGUCAUGUUGGUGUUUUUUGGCCAUUCACCCCACUAUGGCUACUUGCAUCUUGUACAGGAAUAUUAUAUAGAGGAGGGAGUGUGGGCGGCGGCGCAGACGCGCGGCUGGCCGGCGCGCGGCGGGUUCGCGCACUCGGCCGCGUGGGAGCCGAUGUCGCGCCGCGUCUACGUGCACGCCGGCCUCGUCUCCGAGUCCGAGGCGACGCAGGCGCCAUCUGCAGCACUAUACGAGUAUGAAGUGGAAACUCGGAUAUGGCGCCCUCUGCCUUCGGCGCCGACGCCGCGUUACUUGCAUUCCGCCAUUUUUAUAUCGCCUGGUGUGAUGCUGGUGUUCGGCGGCAACGCACACAACGACAGCGCGGCUGCGUCGUCGGGCGCGACGGCCGCGUCGCAGUGCUACUCCUCGGCCGCGCUGCUCUAUGACGUCAGAUGUAAGGUGUGGCACACACUGAGCGGGCCCGCGGUGUCGGCGCGCGCGGCGCACGCGGCCGCCAUCUUGCCGCUGCGGGCGCGACCCACUGCGAUCAUACAUGGCGGUUUCGACGGUCGCCUACGCUCGGACGCGCUGACGUUCACCGCGGGCGACAAGUGCUCUGCGCGCAAGGACGAGAGCGCGUGCCUGCACAGCGCGGCGCUCGCUGCGGUCGCGUGCGUCUGGACGCGCGACCAGCGCUGUGUGGCGUUAAAAGAAUUCGGCUGGAAGGAAUCCUUCGGCGACUCCGCGAGAGCUUGCUUCACCGAACCUGUUAUAGACGACCGGCACUGCAUGAACAUCAAGUACUGCGAGGCGUGCGUGGCGCACGGCUGCGCGUGGUGCGGCGCGUGCAUGGCGACGGAGCAGCACUGCCUGCGCCACUCGCACCAGGUACACGUGUUGAUGGCGGUGUCGGUGGACGAGUGUAGCGCGGUGUCGGCGGGCGCGGAGGCGUGCGCGCGCUACCACUCGUGCGCCGCGUGCCAUGCGCACUUGCACAGGCAUCCGCACGGUUCUGAAGAGCUCAGUCAACGCGCAUGUUUCUGGGACUACGACUCCGUGAAAUGUAAGCCAGCCAACGCUACCACUGAUAUGAGGAGCGUAGCGGCGCCGGCGGGCGGCGUGUGCAGCGCCGCGUGCGCCACGCUGCGCUCGUGCGCCAACUGCACCGCCGAGGAGUGCAUCUGGUGCGCCUCCGCCGCGCGCUGCGUCGACAAGAACGCGUACGGGGCUUCGUUCCCUCUGGGCGGCUGCCGCGCGUGGUCCACGAACGGCUGCGCGGGGGGCGCGGGCGGCGCGGGCGGCGCGGCGGGCGCGGGCUGCGCCGCGCACCUGUCGUGCGCCGCGUGCCUGGCGGAGCCGGCGUGCGGCUGGUGCGACGACGGCGCGGGCGGCGGCCGCGGCGCCUGCCUGCCGGGCGGCGAGCGCUACACGCACCACCCGCACGUGUGCCCGCACCGACGAUGGCACUUCACGAGCUGCCCGCUGUGCCAAUGCAACGGGCACGCGGUGUGCGACGGGCAGGCGCGCUGCGUGCAGCCGUGCGGCGCGCGCGCGGUCGGCGCGCACUGCGACACGUGCGCGCCCGCGCACUGGGGCUCGCCGCUCAACGGCGGCGUGUGUCAGCCGUGCGAGUGCAACGCGCAGGCGGUGUCGUGCGCGACGGACACGGGCCGGUGCUACUGCAGCACGAAGGGGCUGGCCGGCGACCGCUGCGACAAGUGCGACAAUACCAACCACUACCACGCCGACUCGUUCAACAAGGGCUGCUACUAUGACCUCGCAGUGGACUACCAGUUCACGUUCAACCUGUCAAAGAAGGAGGACCGCCAUUUGUCCGCAAUAAAUUUCCGCAACGCGCCCGUCAAGCCGGACGUGGAUGCGGACUUCAGUAUAACGUGCUCGGCGCACGCACGCAUGAACCUGACAGUGCGUACGCGCGCUGACCCCGCCGAGAAGACGUUGUUCAGUGACGUCAACUGCACCAACUUUAGAUAUAAGUUCGCCAAAUCGGAGCACGCGUUCGGUGUGGAGGACAACGUGACACUCACCACGUUUUUCGUGUACGUGUACGACUUUCGCCCUCCGCUGUGGAUCCAGAUCUCCUUCUCACAGUACCCCAAGCUGAAUCUGCAGCAGUUCUUCAUCACCUUCUCUUCUUGCUUCCUGCUGUUGCUGCUCGUUGCAGCCGCGUUGUGGAAGGUCAAACAGAAAUACGAUUUAUACAGAAGAAGACAAAGGCUGUUUGUGGAGAUGGAACAAAUGGCUUCCAGACCAUUCAGUCAAGUUAGCAUCGAGCUGGAGAGGGGCGGCGGAGCCGGCGGCGUCCCCGCGCCGGUAGCGUUGGAGCCGUGCCGCUCGGGGCGCGCGGCGGUGCUGUCUCUGCUGGUGCGGCUGCCGACGGGCGGCACGGGCCGCGCGCCGCCGCUGGGCGGGCUGGCGCUGGCCUCCGCGCUCGUCACGCUGGGCCACCAGCACCACCAGCAGCACCAGGCGACUGACAGGUGGAGACACCAAUGUAAAUAGAAAAGUGUAAAGUAAGUGCUGUAAAUAUGACUCUAGUACGUCGCGAGCCUGGAGCUAGGAACAUAAUACUCACCGCUUAGUGCGUCGAUUACUACCGAUAAUAUUGCAAUACAAACAUUUAUGUGUGUGUAAAUUAUUUGGCCUGGCAUCUCAACACAUACACACUUUGCUUGUAGAAGUUUUUUAAACCAUUUUACAUACAACAUUAAAAAAAGAAAAACGAGUUUAUAGACCACACGACUGAAGUAAAACUUAUUAAAAAAAAGCGCCAUCUAUGGGUAACAGGCACAACCGCAUCGCAACAUACACACAUUGCUUGUGUGUAUUGGCUUGUACAAGUUUUUUUAAUAGAGUAGUCAUUUUACAUACAAAAUUAAAAAAAAAAUAGUUUAUAGACUACACGAAUGAAGUAAAACUUAUUUUUUAAAAAAAGCGCCAUCUAUGAGUAUCAGGCAUAACCGCAUCGCAACAUACACACAUUGAUUGUGUGUAUUGGCUUGUACAAGUUUUUUAAAUAGGGUAGCCAUUUUACAUACAAAAUUAAAUAAAAAACGAGUUUAUAGACCACACGACUGAAGUAAAACUUCUUUAAAAAAGCGCCAUCUAUAAGUAUCUACAGGUUCUUGAAGUGUACAAAAAGGUAUUGUUUCAAAGUUCUCUAAGAACGCCAUCUAUUGGUAGUUUUAAAUAAACACUGUUUCACUGUGCUUGUAAAUGGCAGCACGCAUCGCUCGACUACAAUUUUCGUAACACAUUCACCAACUUACUCAAGUCGAGCGUGAUUAAGGAAGUUUUACUUCAAAAAUCCUCCAAUACAAUUUUUUUUUUGAGUUCGCAGUGCUUUUUUUGUGUCUAAAAACUGCACACAACUGUUUGUGUGAUGUUAAAUAAUCUAGCAAUGUAUGCAUAUGUUGAGAUACCACGUAAAAGUAAUUUAGAUAUAGUUAAAUGUACGAUUUCAUCACAUUGUACGUAUCAUAAGAUUAUGGUGUAUUCAAAUAUAUCAAAGUCCUGUUCUGAGACGGUGUAACGGAGGGAGCGUAAGUACAUUAUAUAUGUACAUAUGUUCAAGAAUAAUUUCAUUUCAAGCCAUUGUUAUUCUAUAUUUCUUAAUUAUUUACGUAUAUUUCCAAUUUCUAAGUUGUUAGUAUGACGUGACGGUUAGUGAUUGUACCAUUAUUUUAUGGUAGAGGAAAGUUAAAUAAUAAUUACAACACAAAACAUUAUUGCACAAAAUCACUAACGCGAUUGGCAGCCUGACGGUGUCUACGCUGCCUAACAAACAACUGAGCUCAAGUCAUGAAAUACCCUCUUGUUUAUACCAACACUGAUAUCUCCCCAAUAUUUAACGUUAGCUGGAACAGUCCCUGAUACUUUGAUAUAUCUGAAUAGACCUUUACAAUGAAGUCAUUAUAAAAAGUCCAUAAUGAAAAUUAAAUGAAUUGUUUACAUAACAAGAAUUUUUAUAAAAGACUAAAAAUAUAAUUCAUCUUUGCGAAAAGUGUUUGCUAAAACUAAAAUCAUUAUUCCUUCUUUUGCGAAUAGGUUGAAUCUCUUUUUGAAGCAUAAUUUAUUGUGUGAAAAUAUUAAUUGUGUAAUAAUAUUAACAUAAUUAAUUAUAAUUUAUUGUGUAAUAAUAUUAACAUAAUUAAUUGUUAAAAACAUACGAAAUUAACUAUAAAGAGUACGAGAACCUUAUGCUUUUAUUUAUAAAUUUUACCAAUUAAUCAAAAGACUCAAAUAAUAAUUCGAAUACGUAUUUACUUUUGAAGUUUUAAUUUAAAAACAUAUUAAUUUAGAUUGAAGGAAAAAUGUAAUGUAAUGUACACAUAUAAACAGUGGUGAUAGAUGGAGUAAUUAGAUAUAAUAGAAAUUGUUUUUUUUUAUUUUUUCUAUUAAUAAUUCUUUAAUUUUAGCAAAUAUGAAUCUAAAAAAUUUAUUCAUAUUAAAAUGCUUUUCCCGUUUUACUUAGCAAUAUAAACUUUAGGCAAACUGCUUAAGUGAGUCCUCGUAUGCGCAAUCCAGGGUGCGGAUAUAGUCUGUAUUAGAAACGACCUUCACCCAUCUGUUUUAUGGAUGAAAGGUAUUUUAUAUCAAGUUUAGUUACGUUGAAAAUUGAAUGUAGGUUGCCUCCUGGCCAAAUUAUAUUUAACCAUUAUUAACAUAUCGUUAAUGAUAGUUUAGUCGGGAGUUUCUAAGGUAUUUUUAAUAAUUUUAACUAUACUAAUCUUGAUAUAAAAUAUUUUUCACCAUUAUUUCAUUCUCACAUCAAGGCGCGUUUGGGAAAUAUCAAGUUUUCGAUCAAUUAUUAUCACCAUUAUUUAAUAAAUAAAUAAUAAAUACUUAAACAAUACACAUCACUAUCUAGCCCCAAAGUAAGCAUACAGAGUAGCUUGUGUUAUGGGUGCUAAGAUAGUUGAUAUUAUAAUAUUAAUAUACAAUUAUAUACUACAUAUAAAUACUUAUAUAAUGUAUAUAUACACAGAGACACUGGAAAACACCCAUGCUCAUCACACAAAUAUUUUCCAGUUGUGGGAAUCGAACCCACGACCGUGGAUGCAGAAAGCAGGGUCACUACCCACUGCGCCACGCGGCCGUCAAAUUUAAUAAUAUUAUUACCUGUCUUUUCAAAAGUGCUUGGAAACUUUUAAUUGACAUAAUUGAAAUUUGACUUUGCCGCGACAUAAACAGAUGGGUGAAGGUCGUUUCUAAGACGAAUCUUUGGCAUCGGCCGCGGCUAGGUACCACCCUAAUGGUAAAGACGUACCGCCAAGCGAUUUAGCGUUCCGGUACGAUGUCGCAUAGAAAUUAAAAUAAUCUUGUACCUCUUCCAAGUAAGCCCGCUUCCAUCAUGGACUGCAUCGUCAUCUAACAAUAGGUGGAGUGCAAUCAAGAUUUUUGAAUAAAUUAUUCUGCUUGGUGGCAUAAAUAAGUAUAGAGGUAGUAUUUUCCCGUAGUAUUAGUAUUUUGAUGACGAGAUCUAUUCAUUGACCUCUUAUAAUAAAAAGACGCACAAUCAUGUAGAAAAUUUCACUUAGAAACUGGCCAAUUUUACUUCGACAGUCUUAGAAUUAUCGGUAAAGAAAAUUACACCUAAAGGCCUUUAAAUAUAGUCCAAUAUUCAAUAAAAUACCAAAUUCAGAGCAAAUUCAACCUUAAGGAUUGAGUUUAAGGUUGAAUUUGCAAGUGAGACUACUUGAAUUGAGUGCCAAGAAGUUGUGUUUGGAACUCGUUGAGUGGGGGACGUUUUUUGGUCGCUGAUUGUGCAUCUACUUUUUAAUACGAGAUCGAUGGCUCUAUUACUUAAAUACUAAUACUUAGUACUGAAUACCGUAACCGUACCGUAACCGCGCGGUCGAGGACUCAUUCAUGUUGUUUGCCUAUAAUAUAAGUUAUACCAUACGUUUUGAGCCAAACGUGGCGUGGUUCAAGUGGCUUAGAACAUCAUUUUUACAGAGUGCCAAAUCCAUUUACAUGCCAAUAAGAUAUAACUAUGUUCAUUAUGAAAUAUAAAAAUAAAAAAAAUUGUCUCCAUUUUAAAGCCAAAGGAGAUGGCCCACUAGCCAUAAUUGUUUGUCCUGAAAAAAAAAAUCGGUUGUCAGUAAAGUCGGUUUACUGACGAUAAUUGAACGUGACAACGUCAUAAGAAAAUAAUGAUGGAAUGGUUGCAUUUUUCAAAAAAAAUGUUGGUUUUUCUAAAAAUAAUGUUUAAUAAUCUUCAUAGACCAGAAUAUACUUUAUUUCUUGUACAAAAAGUUGGCAACCCUAGAGGGAACGACGCAUAACGUCAUCUUUUUUCAGCCGGCUCCAUCGAAUUAUAAGAUGUUGUCACAUCAAAAAAACAUAAAUUAAAUGAAACUUUUACGUUUGUAUUAAUUUAUUUUUCGUUGGGUUUAAUUUUCCUGUCAAGAUUAAUAUUUUUUUGUGUAUUGCUCACAUAAUUUAUCUACCUAGAAGGUAAAAAUUAAAAUGAUUUGAAAACCUACAUUUCUGUAUAUAUAUUUCAAAGUAAUAAUAGUAAGAUAAUUUUAUUACUUUUUUAUAAUUAGGUCUCGUUGUAUUUUUCAUUGCCAACGACAAUUUUGGGGCAUCUCCUUAUAGAUUCGAGUAUCAUAAUGAUCUAUUGACAUUUUUUGUUCUAUAAUGAAUUUAUUCAAUUUAAAUAAAUAAAAAAAAAACAAUAAAAAAUCAUUGUUAGUGUUUAAACAUUUUAUUAUGGUACACUGCCAUUUUGUAGUACGCGUAAACUAGUUUUUAAGUUUUGGCAAAUUUUAUAGUUGUUCAAUAAAAUGAAUUUUGAAUAAAAUAUAUAGCAAGCGAAUUUUAUCUUUAUGUUUUGAAAUAAAAUUCGCUGUGUUGCUAUACAAAUUAAUCCACGAGGGAUUUUGAGUUAUGUCCGAAUUCAUGGUUUGACCGCAACAUGAAAUAAAACAUUAAUUGAAUAGUAAAUUAAUUUAGUAAAACGAUUUUGAAUAUUUUUAUAGUCACGCCAUUUUAGUGAAACAUCAAAACGGUGGCCGAUUAAAAUCUUCAAACCUUUUUCCUUUAUGUUUGAUAUAGCUAAUAUAAAAUAACAAUUAAUGCACAUAUAAACGUUUUUCUUACAUUGAAAUCAACUCUCCAUUAUUAAUUAAUUUAAAAAAUAUUUUAUGUGUAUUUUAGUAUCGCAAAAUAUAUGACAUAUAAAAUUAUGAACUAUAAAAAUAUCAUCACAAAUUAAUAAAAAUAAUAUUUAUAAAUAUGUACAAGACUAUAGAAUAAGGAUAUCCUACUUAUACAUAGUCUGGCUAAUGAAAGUAGAGACUAAAAUCGCCAGCCAAAUUAAAAAAAACACUUCAACUCAUUAAAAAAACAUGCGUUUUCAUAAUUUGUUUAAAUUAUUUUUUGUUUGUGAAUACAUUACUACCUCUGUCAUCAUCUCCUUACCCUUAUCCCACUUAAGUGGGGUCGGAAAAAUAUGUCAAUCUUUUCCAUACGUCUAUAUUACUCGUCAACUCAUCAUCCACUCCUUUUACACACAUGUCCUCUUUCACACAAUCCAACCAUCUCUUCUUUAGCCUUUCUCUCCUCUUAUGUCCUUCCACUUGCACAUUCAACAUUUUUCUAGUAAUAUGACUUUCCUCUCUACGCAUUACAUGUCCAUACCAAGCUAACCUUCUACUCCUUAAUUUUUCUGUCACUGGCGCCACCUUCAGACUUCCUCUUAUAUACUCAUUACUACCGAUUACAUUACUACCUCUAUAUAAGUAUUAAACUCAGUUAUUCCAAUAUUCGCACUAUAAAGGAGAUGGUCCAUUUCAGGUCCAGUGUACCACGUAUCAUUAAAACUUUAAAAAUACAAGGAUUUUAUUAAAAUUUAUUAAAGUGAUCAAAUCUGACUAAAUAAAAAGAAAUAAAUAAAAUAAAAACCCCAGUUUUUGAGUUAUAUCAAGAUGGCGCCCAUAGAGUAACUAUGACAUGACAAUUGACAGCAAACGUCAAAUCGUUGACUGUAAUGAAAACGUCAUCAAUCCGCCAUUAUUACCCAUAGUAAUGUUGCAAUUGGGAGAUAAUAUUAUUUCGUAAGAAUCAAAGUGAAUUUAGAUUUAUAUAAUCAAAAAUAGUUGAAAAAAAUUUCUUCUUUUAUUUCCACUAGGGUACAAUGACUGGACCUGGGCUCCAUACAAUUUUGGACCAUCUCCUUUCAGAAUUUACUCCGAUUUAUUUAUAUUUGGCGGGCGUUUUCAGUCUCUACUUUCAAUAGCCAGACUAUUAGAAUUAUAUUACUAACGGGGCUGUGUCUGAUCGUUAGAAAUAUUUAAAAUAAAUAAUUAUAUGACAUCAGAGGGCCUAGUGGCAGUUUGAUACUGUUACCGUCACGUAACGUAAACGCGAAUUUCUAAGGAAUUGAACCAGCGCCAUCUAGUGGCACUACUGCACAACUGUUUCAAUUCCAUAUAAAUUUGCGUAAACGUCACCGUGAUAGUAACCGUAUGAAACUAUUGAAAACUCCCACUAGGCACACUGUUUAUAUAAAACCCUCAUAAUCAUCAUCAUCAUCAUCAUUACAUCAGCCGAUAGUCGUCGACUGUAGUACAUAAGCCUGCGAGUUAUACAAAAUAUCGUUACAGAAUAAUAUAGUGCGACACAAAAGAAUAGAAAACAAAUGAGGGCGCUGUAGUCACUUACUGUCAUUUAUAGGGUAACCCUGUCAUGCACUUAGGCUAUUCGCCUGCUGUACAAAACUAAGACGAUUUUUUGCAUUUUUAUUUGUGAAAAUAAUCUCGUAAUUGUAAUAUUUUUAUAAAACAAAAUUGUAUUUUUAUCACGUCACCGCAAACGCCAAUCAUAAACUGUAACGUCAUUCGCUACAAGGCAUCGGUUUGUGAUUGGCGCCUGCGGUGACGUGAUAUAAUCACAUAAGCCAAUCACGCUGUUAUCUCUAUGGAUGACGUCACUUGCUAAUGUGUUGUGUUUCGGGGGCAAAAAUUUUACGUAGAUAUUUUUUUCAUUUAUAUUAAAUUUUUUACUGGUUAUUAUUAACGGGACAAAAUAAAAUAUAGCUUAUAAUAUGGCGUAGGGGUUCGCGUACCCCACUUUAAGAAACCCUGCUUUAUAAUGAUCUGUGUAAAAAUGACAGUAAAUAUGGUGUUGCCAUACAGCGAGUUUAUUAGUUCCCUUUUUAUUAUUUUAUGUCGCACUAUACUACAUGCAACGUCUCCCUAGAACUCUCUUGAUGUUAUGUUGAUUGAUGAACCUAUUGAAUGAGACCUUUUCAACUCAUACGUAUUCUAGAAUAGUAAUUACAAUCGAAUUGUAAAUAACGCAGCUUAAACGUGACUGUUCAUAUUUUUGUUACGACGAAGUAUAAUAUCACGUUAAUCACUAGAGUAAUUUUCAUUUAAAUAGGACAGUAUGGGAAAGUCGGUAAGGAUAUACAGGGAAACUGUCUGUAGAAAGUUUUUUGUUAAACAUUUUUUUUUGUAUACUUAGUAUAUUUUUUAGUAGCUCCAUUGACAGUGGCGGGCCAAGCGAACGCGGUGACAUUUAGACUUUAUAGUAUUUUGAACUCUAUCACGACUUAUUAACGUACGAAUUUGUGUUGAUCAAAUGUUCAUAGGAGCUACGUCCGCUAGCGUCUUAGGUAGAGUGAAACUUUGCGUAAAAAUAUGUUAAAUUUGAAGUAUACUUUAAAAGGAGAUGGUCCACUUUUAUACCCCGUAUCAUUAAAAUUUGAAAAAUAGAUGGAUUUUAUUAAAAUCUAAGUAAGUGAAUAUAAAAAGAGAUAAAUAAAAUUAAAACCCAAGUUUUCGAGAUAAAUCAAGAUGGCGCCCAUAAAGCAACUAUGACAUGACAAUAGACAGCAAACGUCAAAUCGAUUACUGCAUUGAAAACGUCAUCAAUCCGCCAUUAUUACCCAUAGUAGUGUUGCAUUUCUUGGGAGUUAUUGAAUAUUAUUUCGAAAGAAUUAAAGUAAAUUCGUAGAUUUGUAUAAUCAAAAAUAGUUUAAAAAAAUAUUUUCUUUUAUUUCCGCCAGGGUACAAUGACUGAUCCUGGGCUCCAUACAAUAUUGGACCAUCUCCUUUUAUAAAAAUGUUAAGUUAGUGUAGAAUCUUAUGUCUCAACAAAUAUUGUGUGAAGUGAACUCUGCACCAAUGUGAAUGGACCCAUAUUAUAAAUACAUUAUUACUCUAACUAAAUUAUUAUUUAUACAUUAUAUGUCCUAGAAAUGUCAACUUGAAUGUAUGUGAAAAAGUUCAGACCAAUUACCUUCUACAGGACCUGCCUCGCUAGAGGCUACCCCUCUGUCUAAACUAUUUGAUCAUGAUCAAACUUUUUCAUACAAACUUCGUCUAAAGAAUCGGUGUUUCAUUGUGUUAUAUAACGUGUGUAUAACGAUAUAAAAUUUAUAGUUGUGUGUCUAAAGACACAGAAUACAUUUACUAUACUACAUAUAUAUUUCUUGAUGAGUACUGUUUACCAACAAAAAAAUUUGAAAUUAAGGUAGGCAACGCGUGUCAUUUCAUAACUUAUUUAUUUUAAAUUAUGUAUGCUUUGUUUAUAAAAUAUAUUAACCAUAUCUAAUUGUUCUAAGCUUAUUAAACAAAUUUAUUUUAAUUAAUUUAAUAACAAGUUAAUUAUAAUUAUUAUUAGGUGUGAAAUGACUAGUGAUUUAUGCUCUCAUUUUUAAUUUGUUUGUUGGUAAACUGUAUUCAUCAAGAAAGGCUGCAAUAUAGUGUUAAAUAUUUUAGAUGUGUGAGUUUACUUCGUCCUACUCAAGAAACGUCAGACAAUUUUGUUGGUGAAUACAAGUCCAUAGAAGGUAAUUGGUCUGAGUACAACAGUCGUUUACUUCUUAAAGACUAUUAAAUGCGUUUAUUAAAUGUAAAUGAAUAUGUUAAAUGCCAUAUUUUUUAUAAUAUGACCAAUAAUCCCAUUCCCUUGUAAAGAAAUCAUGUACCCACUACAAAAUAAUAAACCUUAAUUGUCAAUCAAUCAGCAAAUCAAAAGCAAAGUCCUCAAGUUUUCGACCUCGGUUGUUUUUUGAGACUUAAAGCCACCGUACUGUUUGACAUUAAAUGUAUUUUUUCAUAGAAAUGUGUUUUUUGCAUCGCUCAGAAUAAUAUCUGACACGUUAACUUUAUUCUCCGAAAGACAUUGACUUAGCGAACAACACUAACCAAUCAGUCUUUUUUUUUAAUCUAUAAGUUUUAAGGGACUUUUAUUAUAAACUAGCGGACCCGGUCAAGCUUCGUUUUGACAUAAGUGCACUUAUUAUCUAUCCCUACUCUACCCUUCUAUACCUCUACCCCUACCCUACCCCUACCAUACCCCUACCCUACCCUUACCCUACCCCUACCCUACCCCCACCCUACCCCCACGGUACCCCUACCCUACCCUACCCCUACCCUACCCCCACCGUACCCCUACCCUACCCUACCCCUACCCUACACCUAACGCUUGACUCUUAAACGUUUGCAUGGGAAAUAGAAAAGCGCAGUUUUUAGGGUUUUCCCGGAAAUUAUUUGAUUUUUUCUCACCUUUUAAACCUUCCCUAUACCUCCACGAACAUUUCAAGACCAAGAUAAGAUAAAUCCGUUAAGCCGUUCUCGAGUUUUAGCGAGACUAACGAACAGCAAUUCAUUUUUAUAUAUAUAGAUAACAUGUCAGUCCCAUCAAAUCAGUCUUAGUAAAAGCUUAGAAACGUAUCUUCUGUAUGACUUUUUUUUUAUAAAACUAGUAUUUACUGCUUACAAUGUUUACUUUAAUAGUUAGCGUUAUUUAGUCAUUUUAAUAGUUUUCUAUUCAGUCAUUAUUUUUUCAGUCAAAUUCAUCUUGGCUUAUAUUUUAGAAUUCAAACUUUCAUAAGUCUUAAUAAUCAUUAUAAAAGCUUGUUUUAUUAGCUAAUUUUGACUGAGUAUUUACUACUAAAAGUCGUAAAUAUAUUAUGAUGAAAUAUCAUUAACACAUACUUUUCAUCCCGGAAAAAUCAAUGGUUUCCGCGGGAUUUGUGAAAAACUUAAUUCCACGCGGACGAAGUCACGGGCGCCCGCUAGUGCUUAAUAAACAUCAACAUGAUCACUAAAUUGAUACGGCCUCCGUAGCGUAGUGGUAUGUGCGGUGGAUUUACAAAACGGAGGUCCUGGGUUCGAUCCCCGGCUGGGCAGAUUGAGAUUUUCCUAAUUGGUCCAAGUCUGGCUGGUGGGCUACGGCCGUGGCUAGUUACCACCCUACCGGCAAAGACGUACUGCCAAGCGAUUUAGCGUUCCGGUACGAUGUAGAAACCGAAAGGAGUGUGGGUUUUCAUCCUCCUCCUAACAAGUUAACCCGUUUCCAUCUUAGAUUGCAUCAUCACUUACUAUCAGGUGAGAUUGUAGUCAAGGGCCAACUUGUAAAGAAUAAAAAAAAAGUGUGCUGCAAUGUCAAAAUGAACCAGAAGUCUUGCGCAUACUAUACCUAACUGUACCGAUUAAUUAUCAUGAACAAUUGCCUGAAUAUUAGCUAAGUACCAUAUUGUUAUCGAAAUAAUUAUCUGUAUAAAUUGUAAUGAUAAGUAAUAAUUACUACGAAGCAAUUUGCAGGGGUCACAAUUUAGUAAAUUACAAAAAUUGUAAGCCUUAACGGAAAAUAAAUGUAUGAAAUAUAUACAAAACGAAGCAAUAAAAUUAUAAUUGUGAACCCUUUAUUACAACAUUGUGGGCGUGACUGUAUGCAUAAUAAAAUACCGUUUUCCGCCCGAUCAGUAAUUUUUUUCCGUGGGAUAUAAUUUACCUUUAAAAAAACCUUCUGGGUAAUUAAUAAUUAUAUAUCAUACAAAACAUGAGCCACCUAGUAUUUUAUUUUAUUUAUUAAGAAUGUAAAGUUUUUGUGAGUCAACACAAGGAGUGAUUUUUCGUUUUUGCGAUUAUGUACUAUCCAUAAUAGCCAUUCAGAAACGGAAUCAGAAUCGUUUAUUUGCAAGAAUCAUUAAAUUUAGUUAUACAAAGAUGUUACUAAUACAAAUGUUUCAUUAAUAAAAUUAAAAUUAUACACCGUGCUACCGGCCGCGUCUAUAAUCCGCCGCGACAUGUAUGUAUCCAUUACGAGAAACUCUAUAGUAAUAUUAAAAAUAAGCUGGAGCACAUUCACACGCUAUCGAAAAAAAAAAAAAAAUUGAUGAAAAAACUUCAGAACAUCCUGUUUCAUUCUGUUUGGAAAGAAGAAGUUAAUGAACUUUCACCUAGUUUCAGAAAUUUUGUUGUUUAAUACCUACAUACCUACUAUUUUUGAUACACCUAGUCGGCGGCAGUGUCUUUACUAGGGCUGUUAAUAAAAUAUCGAUAUAUCAAAAUAUCGACAUUAUCACUUAAUAGCGAUAAGUAUUCAUUACUAUUAUUUUUAUGGACGAUAUAUCGAUAGUUCGAUAUUGAAACGUAGAUAUCGAUACUAGAUAUUUGUAACAAGUUUUAAUUUUUUAUAUCCCUCCCAAAUUAUUUAAACUAAAACAUUAUCAAACAUAAUCUACUUUACUUUAUUUAUACUUUAUUAGGGUUUUCAUAUUUUAAUUUAUUUAAUUGCAUUUUAUCGAAAAUGUCACUGAAAUAAGUAAAACGUAAUGUAUUCAGAUAGUAUACUCUGAGGGUAACUCAGACAAAACUUUAAACAUGUUUAAUCGUAUUAAUUUUCUUGUCAAUUUAGUUACAUAAAAAAAUAAUGAAGUUUAAUAAAAACUUAAUUGUUAAAAGUUUUCAUUUAGCCGAAAAAUUUAUUUUGAAAUAAUCGAUAUAUCGAGAAUCCGAUAUUUUAAAAAAUAGCAAGCCCUAGUCUUUUGCGGUUUCCUUUUUGAUAACGCCGCUCGCCGCCUAACCCGUAACUAUUGUCGGCAAUGUCCAAAAAUAGGUACAGGUAAGAAAUGUAUCUUUCGAUCGUUUCUUAUAACGCAAGGUGAUUGGUUGGGUCUUAAUAAUUCGAUCAUUCGGGUCACGGGUCUUUCGUGUUUUGUGUAUCGUUACGACUCGACUUAAAGUAUGUAGUUACUUGAGUCUUAAACUGAACAUCCGUAGGACAUGAAUCGGAACCCUUUUUUUAUUCGUUACAAGUUAGCCAUCGACUACAAUUUCACCUGACGGUAGUGUAGUAAGUGAUUAUGCAAUCUGAAAUGGAAACGAACUAACUUAUUAGGGGGAGUAUUUGAAUCCACGGCUUGGCGGUACGUCUUUGUCGGUAGGGUAGUAACGAGCCACGAUCGAAGUCUCCCACCAGCCAGGCCUGGACCAAAACACCAAUCGGCCCAACCGAGGUUCGAACCCAGGACCUCCGUCUUGUGUUUGUCCGUCACCGCACACACCACUGCGCCAUGAAGGCCGUUAAAAUUCCGAACUGAUCGGAUUUUAGGUUGCUAUUCUGUAGAGUGAUGUUGUACGACUGACCCUCGUCGGUCGAUUCGAUCCAGAUAAUUGUUACAAGUCCAAUUCAGUGUGGUGAACAAAAAUCGUUCGCAGAUUAUUUGAGGCGCUGACGGCCGCGUCACUCGCUCACGCACAAGUACUGAUCGGGUAUCAGAGAUACGAUCAAUCGCGAUCGACACAGGUCUAGUACGGGUUAACACCCGUAAAUAAAAUAAAAUUUAAUUUAAAGAAAUAGGUUAAAGUGAAUGACCUCAAAGCUCAAAGGGACCGACGGGCUGCCGACGUGACUGCGGCGAGGAGGUAGGUAGAUGUUUGAAAAUACAGGAUGUGUUAAAAUAAUCGAUUUUUGAAAGUUUAUUACAAUUGUAACUCCUUGAAUUGUACUUUGUUUUUUUUUUUAAUAACACUGAUGGAUAAUAGACAUUGGGUACAUUAUGUGGGAUUUUGGUUUAAGACGAAUAACGUAGCGCGGUGUAUAAGUUUAAAAGAAAUAUAAUUACAAAUAUUUUUUAAAAGUAACGUAAUUUUUAGUGCCAAGUGGUAACAUUAUUUCGUUGAAAUAACCAUGUUAUAAGAUCACAAAACGAUGAAUAUAGCCUCUUUGUGUAUAUAGCUUGGCAACUUCGUUCGUAACACUCCCUAUGUUCCGCGCAGGCCGGGGGGCGUGUAGCGAUGAAUGAAAAACCCACGACUGAUGCACCUCACUUCCCCGCACGCACGAUUUCACACCCGCGCAGGCUUUCCCCCCGUCGCCCGCGUAUCAUGGGAGUGUCAUCAACGAACUUGCUAGACUAUAAUGAUGUUAUAUACGUUAUUUUGUUGAAAUAAAACAUGUUAGAUUAUCGCAAAAACGAUAAACUGUGCCUGUAACCAGAGAUACAUCACCUAUUACUGAUUUUUUUGUUGUGCAAAAAUAAUGCCCAACUGCCCAGAUUGGGCAAUAAGUUGUGCAACUUUGCCAAGUAAUUGUGCGCGGUCUCUAACGCCUUGUAUUGUAGCUCAUGUUUUAAUGAAUAUUAUUAACCAGACAUACUUUACCUUUUAAUGGAUUUUUUGUUGUGCAAAAUUAUGCCCAACUGCCCAGAUUGGGCAAUAAGUUGUGCAACUUUGCCAAGUAAUUGUGCGCGGUCUCUAACGCCUUGUAUUAUUUAAAAAAAUAUGUUUGUCAUUCAAUUUCGGCCGCUCAUCAAAAUGUACAAUAUAUUAUGAAAUAGUGUAUAGCAUAGAUAUAGGGAUAUUGACUAUUGUUUAUAGUAAAUUAAGUUAGUUAGUUUGUAAGCGUCGUAUCGAAACGUUGUAAAUAUCCUGACAUAUAAAUUAUUGUAUUUCAUAAUAAAAAUUUAACUGAUCUAUU